AUUUGAGCUUGGACGAUCAUGUUGGGCUGAACGUGAAUCACGUCCGCGUGUCCGUGCUCCUGUUCAGUUUGAUGCGUGCAAAAGCUACAUUAGUCGAGAUACGCACUGGCUCACGUCUCAUCCUAAUUUGUUAUUGGUAUCUCGUCCUAGCACACUCCAGACUCUGCGAACAGCUAGCACCUGUCGACCAUCACCAUGCAGUCCAGCUCCAAGGCCGCCGGCAAUGGCGACGAGGAGCACCUGGUUUGCGUGACCGGGGCGGGAAGUUUCAUCGGCUCGUGGGUGGUGAAGGAGCUCCUCCUCCGUGGCUACCGUGUCCGGGGAACCGCCAGGGAUCCCGCUGACCGCAAGAACGCGCACCUGCUGGCGCUGGACGGCGCCGAGGAGAGGCUCACCCUGUGCCGCGCCGACGUCAUGGACGGGGACAGCCUCCGCGCCGCGUUCCAUGGCUGCCGCGGCGUGUUCCAUGUCGCCUCCCCGGUCUCCAACGACCCCGAGCUCGUGCCUGAGGCCGUGGAGGGCACGACGAACGUGACCACCGCGGCGGCGGACGCGGGCGUGCGGCGCGUGGUGUUCACUUCCUCCUACGGCGCCGUGCACAUGGACCCCAACCGGAGCCCCGACACCGUCGUCGACGAGGCGUGCUGGAGCGACUACGACUACUGCAAACAAACCGGCAACCUAUACUGCUGCGCCAAAAUGAUGGCGGAGGUCGCGGCGACGGAGGAGGCGGCCAGGAGGGGGCUGGAGCUGGCAGUUGUGGUGCCGGCGACGACAAUCGGUCCCGCGCUGCAGCAGACGCUCAACUUCAGCAGCGACCACGUCGCCCGCUACCUCACGGGCGCCAAGCCGGCCUACCAGAACGUCGUCACCGCCUACAUCGAUGUCCGAGACGUCGCCCGCGCGCACGCCCUUGUCUACGAGCACCCUGACGCGUGCGGCCAUCGCUACCUCUGCGUCAGUGCCGUGCUGCACCGCGCCCACUUCGUCCGACUCCUCAAGGACCUCUACCCGCAAUACCCCGUCACCGCCAAGUGUGAAGACGACGGCAAGCCGAUGGCGAGGGAGUACAGGUUCUCGAAUCAGAAGCUCGGGGACCGGGGCUUGGAGUUCACUGACAUGAGGACAAGCUUGUACGAGACGGUGAUAUGCCUGCAGCACAGGGGCCAUGUCCCUGUCAUCGUGCCACGUCAUCGUGCAUGUUUGUGAAAUUAUAAUGUGUACACAAAUUGAACUCGAUUAUAGCAAAUAAAUGAGGAUAAGUACUCUGUUU